GUCAUUGGCAUUUGUUUUCAAUAUAAUCUGUGCAAAACACGUGUGAACAACAAAUUUUAAUUCAUAAUUUCAUAGAAAAAGUUGUUCAGAGCAAAAUGUAUCUUAUGUACACAUUAAAUGAAAAAGGCGAACGUGUCUAUACUUUAAAGAAACGCACUGAAGAUGGACAGCCCACAAUUUCUGCUCAUCCAGCUCGCUUCUCACCGGAAGAUAAAUACUCCCGUCAACGUUUGACGAUCAAAAAACGUUUUGGUUUACUAAUCACACAGCAGCGAGAACCAGUUUACUGAUAUGAUUCCUUCAUAAUAGCAUAAUUACGUACGUCGAUAAGUUCAUUUUAUAAGUAAAUAAGAUUUGGAUUAAAUAAACACUUUUUAUUAACUGAAAAGUAA